AUGGGCCAGUUUCUCUUGGAGACGUGCCUCGGAUACAUGCGAGAUUUCACAGUCCAGCUCCUCCCCGCCGAGAUAGCCCGUGGGGCUGCCGUGGGACUCCUCCAGUGGUACGGCGGCCCAGCGCUGCCGAGCGACACGCUGGUGUCAGCAGCCUGCGAGGGCUGGCGUACGGCGGCCGAGGGUUGCGAGAAGAGGUUCGACGUGGCAGUAGACAGUGGCAUCCGCCCGGGGUCCUUCGUGCUGCUGAAGUACGCGGGGGACACGACGUGGCACACGAGGCUGUUGAUACGGGAGGUGGACUCGGAGACGAAGUGGUGGUUCAUCCUCACCCCGGACGAAGAUUUGUACGUCGAGCGCCUGGAGGCGUCUGAUGAUGGGGACAUCCGUGCGGUGCGCGUGUGCGCUGCUGGCGGUACGACCCCGAUCGGAGUGCACCUUAGCAAGAUGUGCGGUUUCGACCCCCCGCCGGUCGAGGUGGACCUCGAGGGGCUGAUGUCCGAGACGGAGCCUUUGGUGGACAGCGAGCGCGGCCUGCUGGGCUUGCCGCCGCUGCCGUCCCCGCCGGCGGGGGCACUGGUGGCGCCCGCAGGUGGCACCGCCACGCCUCUGCUCGACCUGGGGGCCCUGCCAGGGCCCAGGCUUUCGACGCCGCCCGGCACCGUCUGGGUCUUCGCGGAGUCCGCCUACGGCCGCGAGAAGGGUGGACGCGCCGCUCUCAACGACACGGCCGUGGCCUCGGGUGACAGAGGGGCGCUGGAUCUGGAGCCAGGCGCCUCGAUCGCUAGUGCGCGCGUCGAAAUCGGCCGUGAGGAGGAGUUCAGAAAGGAACACACGACGAAUGAGAUGAGCAUGAUCGACACCGAGACGGAUGCCAGGGUCAUGCGGGUGAAGUACGCUGGAGGCUCGGGCAAACGGCACCGAGACUGGAAGGAGGUCCAGGACGGCAUCACAGAGGUGCCGCUGGUCGACCUGCCGAUCGAUUGGCCUCGGACGAGCAGCUGGUGCGUGGCGUUCCUCGGACGUGGUGCGCACGGCGGCACCCCCCUAGACCACCACAGGUGGUGUCGUCACGCUGCAAAGCUGAACGCCGGCGGCUGGGGGGCCGCGAAGCACGAGUCGGUCAUGAAAGCACUGGCCCACGCAGGGUCGCAUGACCAGCUCGACCUCGCCAACCUCGCCUGCAUCGAACACCUGUGCAGGCGCGCCCAGCUCAUCGAGUACUAUGACCGCGAGAAGAUCAGGGGCGCGGACCGCAACGCCCUCGGCAAGAACGCGCUGCCUUUCGACGAGCAGGAGAUGUUCAUGGGCGAGGGGGAGCUGGAGGGGGGGGCCGCCAUCGCGAAGCAGGCGCGCAAGGCCCGCGAGGAGCGGGAGCUGGCGCGCCCCAAGAAGCAAUGUGGGGAUCACGCACCUUUCUUUCCGGAUGGCACCGCCCCAGGGGGCGCCGCCCUCAUCGCCAGCGAGCUCGUGGCCAACAGGGUGAUUGACAUGGGUGAGCCGCCGAAGGGCCUCUCUUCUUCCACCGCCUUCAGCGAGGUGGUGAAGUCCGCCGACUACCGCGGUGAGCGUGUGGACGUUGCUGCUAUCGAUGUUUGCCUUUUGUCUCUUCCUCCGGAGGGUCAUCGGCCCGCCCCGCUGGCUGAACUCCUGGGGAACGGGGGCGUGCUGGAGAUCGAGCGUUUUUGUGAGGAACUUGUCUGGCCAAGUGAAGUUGCGGCCGAGAUCCAGGCUUCGCUCAACUUGAGGCGGCCCCACAUGGACCGCGGUCUCGCGCAGCGACCGCGCCUCUACGCCAACCUCGUGGAGGCUUUGUUCAAGCGCGGGCUCAUCGACUUUGGCACAGACGUGAGUUGUGAGUGUGGAGUUUUUGGAGCAUGGAAGAAGUCGGGGAAGCAGAGGACGUCGAUGUUCGCCCGCCUCUCGAACGCCCACUUCGGACACUCGAAGGAGACGCCUCUGCCCGCCGGGGGCGCCUUCUCGGAGAUCGACCUCGAGGGCGAGGCCGAGGCGUGGUUCGCCGCGUUGGACCUGAAGGAUGCCUUCUACUACAUCGAGCUGCCCAGGCAGCUGCGCUGCUACUUCGGCCUGCCGAAGGAGUCUGUGAAGAAGCUGAACCUUCCGACGGACGUGCUCAGCCAGGCCGUGGAUGGGUUCUUCCAGCCGAGGUUCGCCGCGAUGCCGAUGGGGUGGGCGCGCGCGCUCUACUGGGCGCAGCUCGCCCACUGUCGCAUCCUGACGCGGGCCUUCCCGGACUUCGAGGCCGCCAACCUGCUGGUGGCCCGGGCAGCAGGUGCCUUCCGCGCGGCAGGGCUGCAGCCUCACGAGGAGGUCGCCGCUACCCAGGAGCUGGAGUUGCUCGGCUGGCAGCUGCGUCGAGGCAAUCAGGCUGGCGUUCAGGCCACAGACCGCCGCCGCUGGCGCCUGCGGCUGGCGCUGGAGCACGCCCUGACGCGGAAUAAGCUCUCGGGCCGUGAGCUUCGGCAGCUCGUAGGUCAGGCCCUGGCGCCGCGAAAGCUGGACCUCCCGAAGAUCCCUGAGUUCCCCGAGCUAUUCGCCGAGAACGACAUGCAGGGGCCCGAGGACCAGUCGAAGGCACCGUCUGCGGAACACGAGGUCGUUCCAUGCCCGUCUUCUCUUCAUAUCCGACUCGAUGGCGGCAAUUCUGGCUUUGUGCAAAAGGCGGAGCAGCUCGCCAGGACCGCCUUCCUGAAAGAGUCGAAGGUGCUGGACAGGAAGUGGUCGCGCAUUGGUGCUCUGCCUGGGCGGACGACUGCGGGCCUCAGCCGCGGCUCCGACCAGGAGGGCCUGCGCGCUUGGCGGCCCGCCAGCAGAAGCACAGUGUCCGCGCCAGUGUACGAGGACCAGCUGCCCCGAGCUACGAGCGCCCUGAAGGGCGCCAAGCGGGGUGCGGGGCGAAGGCGCCCCAUCGCGAGGGUGGGCCACUCAGCCGCGCUGCGCCUGGCGGCCCACGGAGACGAGAGAGGGGCCCACAGGACGGUCCUGGAGAUGCGCGCCGUGGCGCCCAACUCCAGGCUCCAGUACUCCAAGAUGUGGAAGAGCCUCCAGGACUGGGCGGAGCACCGCAUGCUGCCGCUCAGCCCGCCCAGCGCCCUCGACGCGACGCUGGCCGAGUACCUGGAGUGCCUGUACUUCGAGGGCCACGACGCGGGGAUGGGGACGAAGGUGAUCGCUGCGGUGGGCUUCUUCGUGCCGGAGGUCUCGCGCCACGGGCCAGCCAGGCUGCCGCGCGCGCGGCUGGCGGCGCAGGGGUGGCUCAGGCUGUCGCCACUCCGGGCCGGGCUGCCCAUCCCAGUGGAGGUGGUGGCCGCCAUCGCGGUCGCCAUGUGUGCCCGCGGGGAGCGGAGAGCCGCUGCAGGGGCGCUGCUGGCGACCACCUGCUACCUGCGGCCCGGGGGGCCGGCCGCCGCCCAGCUUGCGGACCUGCUCCCGCCGGGGGCCUUCGCGGGCGAGGGCCGCGUUCACUGGGUGCUCCAGCUGAACAGGUUCGAGGAGGGGGAGCCGUCCAAGACGGGGCGCUUCGACGACUCGAUCGUGCUCGACGACCCGAGGCACGCCGCGCUGCGCAGGUUUCUCGCCCAGCUCAGGCGGACAGCACACCCAGACGAGCCACUCAUCGGGAUAGGGCAGCUCCACUUCGCAAAGCUGUUCGGCGAGGUGGUGAACGAGCUGCGCCUGAACAUCCUCGGGCCGCCUGCGCCGCACCAGUUGCGGCGCGCCGGCGCGUCGGACGACCGGGCGAGCGGCCAGAGGAUGCUGGUGGAAAUCAAGAAGAGAGGAAGGUGGCUCUCGGACUCGCCCGUGAGACGGCACGAGAAAGGAGGACGACUUCGAGAGCAGCUGCUUCGCCUCCCCGCGGGCCUACAGGCCCACUGCCGCGCCUGCCACCCCAUGUGCGGCGAGGUCCUCCUCGGGCGCUCCAGGCCCUUGCCGGUGCCGCAGCUGUUCCGCUGA